CCCCACCUGACAUCACUCUCCUCGGUUUGCGAACGCUGCGGCAUGCCCCGCUCUCCUCGUAGGUCCCGCUCCCCCGAGCCGCCACGCCGCUCCUCACACCGGAGCUACCGUAGCCCCUCGCCGCGCCGCCGCGAUGACAGGUAUGACCGGCGCGACGACAGGCGCGAUGACAGGCGCCGCGAUGACCGCGACAGGCGGCGGUACGACGAUGACCGCGUGAGAGACCGCGACCACCGCCGCGAUUAUGAUCGGGACGACAGGCGCGACCGCGACCGUGAUCGUGAUCGUGAUCGUGAUCGCGACCGUGAUCGCGACCGUGACUAUGACAGGCGCGAUCGCGACCGCGACCGUGAACGUGACAGGAGAGACGACCGCCGAGACUCCAGUCCCCGUCGCCCUCGAAGAGAUGACCGUGAGCGUGAGCGUGACCGCGAACCCCGCGAUGACAAGCGCGACAGCCGCGACCGCCCGAAUGGCCGGGCGGCGUCAGGUACUCCCGGGCCGGGCGAUGACGAGGAGAAGAAGCGGCAGGCGCGCGAGCGCCUCGAAGCCUGGAAGCGGCAGCGCAAGUCGCAAGGCAGCAAUGCUACCAGCGCCGCAGCUACACCCGAGCCCGAGAAGCGCUCUCCAAAAAAGCCUGCCAAAUCAGGGCUGUCGUUCAGCACAACUUCAUUGUCGAGCAUCAAGCCGACAACACUGAAGCGCUCGUUCGCCGCGCUCGACGACGAGGAGGUCGAGGAUCGCAAGUUGGAGAAGCUCGACCUGCCAGACUUCAACCCCGAGGUCCAGAGCGGCCCGGAAGCCGGCUUGGCGCAAAUCGACGAAGAUAUGGCGGUAGCGCAGGGUGACGACAAUGAGAACGAUGCUGUCGCUGGCGCGGAAACAAACGGCAGCAAGAUGGACGUGGACGAGCAGGAAGAGGAGGAAGACCCGCUCGACGCAUUCAUGCGCGAGAACGCCCAGCAGGUGAAGACUGUCAACGUGUCUGACGCCAAGCGGACGGGAAAUGUCGCGGUCGACGAGAGCGAUGGCGAAGACGAGGAGACGGUACGCAACCGCGCCGAGGAUGAACUGUCAAAGGCCGAGGCGAUGCUGCAACAGGCUGCCAGCAAAAACCGCAAGAAGGACUUGCCCACCCCCGAUCACGCCAACAUUGACUAUGAGCCGUUCCGGAAGAACUUCUACACCGUCCCCGAAGAGGCGGCGAUCAUGGACGAGGAGGAGGCCGAACUAAUCCGCCUUGAGAUGGACGGAAUACGGAUCCGUGGUGUGGAUGCGCCCAAACCAGUUAGGCGAUGGGGCGCGUUUGGCAUUCCUCUGGGGUGUCUCGAUGUAAUCCAGCAGAAGGAGUGGACGGCGCCGACCCCUAUCCAGGCCCAGUCCAUUCCGGCUAUCAUGAGCGGGCGCGACGUCAUCGGCGUCGCCAAGACAGGUUCGGGCAAGACGAUAGCCUUCCUCCUGCCGAUGCUGCGGCACGUCAAGGACCAGCGGCCAGUGAGUGGGCUGGACGGGCCCAUUGGGAUCAUCCUCGCGCCGACUCGCGAGCUCGCCAUGCAGAUCUACCGCGAGGCUAAGCCCUUCGCGAAGAUCAUGGGUCUACGCCUGACUUGCGCAGUGGGCGGUCAGUCGAUUUCUGACGACAUCGCUGCCAUGAAAAAGGGAUGUGAGAUUGUCGUGUGUACGCCAGGCCGUAUGAUCGAUCUUCUUACCGCCAACAACGGGCGCGUGACCAACCUGCGCCGAACAACGUUCCUUGUAAUGGACGAGGCGGACCGCAUGUUCGACAUGGGCUUCGAGCCGCAGGUCAUGAAGAUUGUGAACAACACGCGGCCCGACGCACAAAAGGUGCUUUUUUCCGCGACGUUCCCCAAGACGAUGGAGGGACUUGCGCGCAAGAUCCUCAUUAGGCCACUUGAAAUCACCGUCGGUGGUAAGAGUGUCGUCGCCGCUGAAAUCGACCAGCGCGUCGAGGUUCGCGAAGAAGACACAAAGUUCAAUCGCCUGCUUGAGAUUCUCGGCGAGAUGGGACAGAUGCACCCUGAAGAGCCCGAUUUCCGUGUCCUCAUCUUUGUGGAACGCCAGGAGGCGGCCGACGACCUGUUCCGCGAGCUCCUGAACCGUGGAUACCUGAGCUCUUCGCUGCACGGUGGCAAAGACCAGAUCGAUCGUCAGGAGGCAAUCCGCAACUUCAAGAACGGCGAUAUUCCCAUUAUCGUCGCGACGUCGGUUGCCGCGCGUGGCUUGGACGUCAAAGAGCUCAAACUUGUCAUCAACUACGACGCGCCCUCACACAUGGAGGAUUACGUUCACCGCGCGGGGCGAACGGGCCGUGCGGGCAACACUGGCACGUGCAUCACCUUCAUCACGCCCGAGCAGGACAAGCUGUCCGUCGAUCUCGUGCGCGCAUUGGAGGCGAGCAAGGCGUUCGUCCCGGACAACCUCAAGGAGAUGGCCGACGAGUUCAUGAAGAAGCUCAAGGCGGGCACGGCCAAGCAGCACCGCUCUGGAUACCAAGGUCAUGGUCUGGACCGGCUGCAGCGCAAGCGUGAGGAGAAAGACCGCGCCGAGAAGCACACGUAUGGUGACACGUCGGAGGCCGUUUCGCUUUCGUCGCGCGAGGGUGCCGUCAUUCCCUACAAGCCUAAGACGAAUGAGUACAAGAGCACUGUGACCGAGAACUCGCUCAAGGGUGAGGCGGACUACACGUACACCGAGAUCAGUGUGGAGGUGGUGAAGGGUCCGGCACCUGACAAGCUCCCUUCGGGUCCAGCCAUGCGCGGUACGCGGCAAGACGCGAAGAGUCUGCCAGCACAGACGCUUGCUGCGCUGGAGCAGGCAUUGAGGGAGGGGCGCCACAUCGACGCGGCGAAGCUGGCCGAAACCGUCUCCAAGUUCCAGAAGCUGGCGGAUCAUCCCAAGGCCGCCGGUCUCGCCGCAGCUCUCGCUCCAGAAAGUGGGCGCAAGACCAAGGACCCCGACGCAACGGAUUGGCACGCGAUCUUCCCCAUCAACGACUACCCGCAAAAGGCGCGGUGGAAGGCGACCAACAAAGAGCAGAUGUUGCUGCUGUCCGAAAUCAGUGGUGCAAGUAUCACCAUGCGUGGCGUGUACUACCCACCUGGACAAGACCCCGCGCCCGGCCAAGAACCCAAGCUGCACCUUCUCAUCGAGAGCAACGACGAGCGCCGCGUGCGGACAGCCGUUGACGAGCUGCGCCGGAUUAUCAUUGAAUCGAGUGUGGCGGCGCUGCAAAACGCAGACCGCAAUCCCACCGCUGGAGGGAGGUACAGUGUCAUGUAGACGUAGAUGUUGUGCACAAAGUGAUGCAGCCCGCGUGCAAUGCGG